AAAUCAGUGCAGAGAAUUGAAUCUGUUUGGUGUCCGGAACCUUUUCAGAUUCAGGAAUCUGUUCAGUCCGGCUUCUGUUCAGUCAGGAAUCUGUUCAGUCCGGAAUCCGUUCAGUCAGGAAUCUGUUCAGUCAAGAAUCUGUUCAGUCCGACUUCUGUUCAGUCAGGAAUCUGUUCAGUCAGGAAUCUGUUCAGUCAGGAAUCUGUUCAGUCCGGCUUCUGUUCAGUCCCGAAUCUGUUCAGUCAGGAAUCUGUUCAGUCCGGCUUCUGUUCAGUCAGGAAUCUGUUCAGUCCCAAAUCUGUUCAGUCAGGAAUCUGUUCAGUCCCGAAUCUGUUCAGUCAGGAAUCUGUUCAGUCAGGAAUCUGUUCAGUGGGGGGAAACGAGCAGAAAACUUGAACUGAAACUGAAAAACUCCAUCAGAAAUCACAAAUCCGGACCCAGAAACGUUGAAACUAUCAGGAAAUUCUGAAUCUUAAUUAAUUUAAACUCCUGAUCAGCCAAGCUGGGUGAAAUGACUCUCCCAGCCUCUGCAGCGCCCCCUCUGCUGAUGAUGCGCUCCUGCAACAACAUCCAUCACCUUCCUCCUCCUCCUCCUUCUCCUCCUCCUCACUGGUACCCAGAGCGACAAACCUCAGUGCAUCAGUGUUUGAUUGUAGCCCGAGUCGUGCAGCUGUUCCGCUGCUCCUGAACUGGUGAACCGAACCAAGCCGAACCGAACCGGGAGGAACCGGGCCAACGCGCCGGGAUGGACCCCGAGCUGGAGCCGCGUUUCCUGCUGUGAGGAGCGGAGCAGGAGCCUGGAAAGCCCCGGAGGAAAGCGGAAGAGGUGGCGGGGGGGAUCCGGGAGACAGAGCCAUGGCGACUGGCGGCGGCGGAGGCGGCGGCGGGGCGGCGCGCAGGCGGAGAGCCGGGAUCCCCGGGUUCUGCUGGAAGACCUGCUGCUUCCCGCUUCUGCUCUGCGUGGUGUCGGUGUGCGGGGAGGAGAAGACCUUCAUAGUGGAGACGUGGCUGAAGAACUACGGCUACCUGCUGCCUCAUGACGUCAGGACGUCGGACCUGCGGCAGGAGAAGGCCAUGCAGUCCGCCGUGGCGGCCAUGCAGCGUUUCUACGGGAUCCCGGUGACGGGAGUCCUGGACGAAACGACCAUAGAGUGGAUGCGGCGGCCUCGCUGCGGCGUUCCCGACCAUCCUCACACCAGCCGGCGCCAGAGGAACAAACGCUACGCGCUGACGGGGCAGAAAUGGAGGGAGAAGAGGAUCACCUACAGAAUAUCAAACUACACCCCAAAGGUGGGGGAGAAGGACACGCACCGAGCGAUCCGCCAAGCCUUCAACGUGUGGCAGGCUGUCACUCCGCUCUCCUUCCAGGAGGUCCCAAAUUCAGACGUGGAGAGCGACGGGAAAGACGCCGACAUCAUCAUCUUCUUCGCCUCUGGUUUCCAUGGCGACAGCUCUCCAUUUGACGGCGAGGGGGGAUUCCUGGCCCACGCCUACUUCCCGGGCGCCGGCAUUGGAGGAGACACCCACUUCGACUCUGACGAGCCGUGGACUCUGGGAAACGCCAACCAUGACGGUAAUGACUUGUUCCUGGUGGCGGUGCAUGAACUAGGCCACGCUUUGGGUUUGGAGCACUCCAACGACCCCAGUGCCAUCAUGGCUCCCUUCUACCAGUACAUGGACACGCACAACUUCAAGCUGCCGAUGGACGACCUGCAGGGCAUUCAGAAAAUCUACGGGAUCCCCACCCCCAUGUUGGAACCCACCCGGCCGUUGCCCACGCUUCCCUCCCGACGGACUCACUCCACCUCGGAAUGCCAUCCGGACCGGGUCGCCCGGCCGGGUCGGCCGCCCGGCGACCGCCCCGCUCUGCCCGGCAACGGAAAACCCAACAUCUGCGACGGGAACUUCAACACCGUGGCGUUCUUCAGAAAGGAACUGUUCGUUUUCAAGGAUCGCUGGUUGUGGCGUCUGAGGAACAACAAGGUCCUGGAGGGUUAUCCCAUAGAGAUCGACCAGUUCUGGAAGGGCCUGCCUCCUCGCAUCGAUGCUGCCUACGAGAGGUCCGACGGAAAGUUUGUCUUCUUCAAAGGUGAUAAGUUCUGGGUGUUUAAGGAGGUGAAGGCCGAGCCGGGUUACCCUCAGAGCCUCAUGGAGCUGGGCAGCUUCCUCCCCAAAGAUGGCAUCGAUGCCGCCGUCCGCUGGGAGGUCGUCGGGAAAACCUACUUCUUCAAAGGAAACCAGUACUGGCGCUACAAUGAGGAGAAGCGGACGGUGGACCCGGGAUACCCGAAGCCCAUCAGUGUGUGGGAUGGAGUCCCCGACUCUCCCCAGGGAGCCUUCACCAGCAGAGAGGGAUAUCACACCUACUUCUACAGGGGGAAGGAGUACUGGAGGUUCGACAACCAGAAGCUGACGGUGGAGCCUGGAUAUCCAAAGUCCAUUUUACAAGACUGGAUGGGCUGCUACCAGUCCGAGAUGGAGCGCUCCGGCAGCAACCGCGGAGACCGGCAGCUGCCCCUUGACGACGUGGACGUCAUCGUGACCAUCAACGACGUCCCCACGACCGUCAACGCCAUCGCCGUGGUGAUACCAUGCAUCCUGUCGCUCUGCAUCCUGGUGCUGAUCUAUACCAUUUUCCAGUUUAAGAGCAAAGGAGCGCAGCAGAACACGAUCAUGCAGCAUUAUUACAAAUACCCGGUUCAGGAGUGGGUAUGACAGGGGACCAGAACCCCAAAGCUGUCGUUAUUUUCAGCCAACAGAACUGGACCGAAAGAUUCUGCUAGCUGGAGAGAAAAGAUCUGAACUUUGAGACAAAGAGUUUAAAAGAAAUGUUCAUAUUUGGGGAUGUUAAAACCAAACAGAGUUGACAGUAAAAUAAAGUCCAGAGUGAUGUGGAGCGAGUUUGUCUUCAUCUCUUUUUGGACGCUGGAAGUUCUUGCUGGACCAACAACAAACCUGUUUCCUCUCAGAGAAAAUAAGAGGCAGAAAACAUCUCCCAGUUGGAAACUACCUUUAGACUUUACAUGAGAACUGCUUCAGUUAUAAAGUUAGGUCAAACUUAAGUAAGAAAAAAAAAACAUUUAAAAUUAAACUUGAAAAUAAAAGAUAGGUAGAAAGGCCAUAACAAAAAGUAAACCAAGGAGCUCUCUGGAUCACAGAACUCUGUUUUCAGUUAUACUGGGAUGGAAAACUGUUUUGAUCUCUUUUUUUUACUAAACAAUACAAUACCAACUCACCACAGCUCAUAACAUAAAACUCUUUUUUUUAGUCACACAGUAACAGAAUCACUGAUUUUCGUAGAUGGAUUGUUACAGAAGUAGAGACACUUCUUAUGUCUGUCUAAAGCUGACGGAAGCUGAGGUUUAUAAUUAUCAGUCUGAUAGAAGAUAAAAGCCUCCAAUGUUUACAAAUUGCUGUUUAGGAUUAAAUGAAACCUAAAGAUUCCCAAACAUCUCCUCUCUGCUGCCAUGACAUCCAACACAACAACAUCCACAGUCUGGUCACCAGAUAAGGCUGCUAAAGAUUGAUUGUUAAAAGAUUCAGCACCUUCAGACGCUCACUUCUCCAAAAUCAGCACAGCCACAACUCAACCACUGCAGCAGUAACAGCAUCACUUAAUCUAUGUUGAUGCUUCACUCACAUCAGCAUGCUGAAUUCUUGAAAAUAAAAGAUUGAAAAGGAAUAAAGUACCCUGCACCUUAUAACAUGAAAUAAUGGAACAAACCACAAAAAUAAUUUUUAUUUAUUUAUUUACUUUUUUAUUUAUUUAAUGUAUGUUUAUUUAUAUAUAACACUUUUCUGCAUGAGUUUAUUUAUAAAGCACAUUUACAACAACCUCUGCUGACCAAAAUGCUUCACAAUCAUUACAACUUCACAGGUACAUAAACAAAAAACGAAAUAAAAUUAAGAUUGAUAAAAAUAUUAAUAAAUAAUAAUAAAAGUGGCAGCACAAUACCAAGAAAAUAAUAAUACAAUAAUAGAAAUAAAAACCAAGACGUACUUAAUUCCAAUUGCAGCAAUUACCCAAAAACGCAAAUCAAUUAAUUAUUAAUUUUUCCCUGUUUUUUUUCUACACAAUUUCCUGUUUGGAUUUUGGAUCCAGUUUUUUCCCAGUUUCAUCUUUACGGGUUUAUUUGGUUUUAAAUUCAUGAGUUGCUUUUUUAAGUGUCAAUGCAGGAGUUUGUUAUUGAUGCGCCAUUUAUUCACACUCUGCUGAUUUAUUCAUUCUCCUCUGUUUGCUUUAUGGUUCCUAAAUCUGCAGCUUCUAGUAAUAUUAACUUGCAUUUAACCAUUAACCAUUUGUUUUGUAUAAAACCAAAUGCAGGUUUUUUUGUCCAAACCUGCAUUUCUUUUCUCUCUGGAAACAAUAACAAUAGUUCCAGAUCUGGACUAAAAGAAUCAUUCCUGCAUGUUAAAACCUCAACCAAACCAUCAAACAUGACAGGAAGUUGUUUUUCAAUUUUAACUCACUGCCGAUAAAUUAAAAAAAACUUACUGGCAGGCUUUUAUUGAUAAUACGCACAAUAGCAUCUAUAAAAAAUGUAAUUAUUUCUAGCUAAACAAUACGGUAGCUUUUACAUUUAUUACUUUAUGUUUUGUGCUUUUUUGGUGAUAAAUAAGGUUCUGAAUACACAUAGACUUGAUUACAUUUGUGCCAUUCUGCAUCUGCAAACUUCAGGAGGAAUUUGAUGAUCUGACUGAAUCAAAGCGUUCAUGGAUCCUGGUGCUGUUUGAACAGGAAGUGAAGGUGCUAGUGUGUUAGCAUGUUAGCACGCAAGCGUCAUCUCAAUGAGAACAAUUUUAAUCCAAACGUUUGAUACUUUUUGGUGGUUUUCAUUUAAAAUGUUUGACAAUUUACGUCAGCAGCAGAUUCUUUUUCACAUUUAAAAUGAUUAAUUUUGACCGUGUUGCUGCUCCAGAUGCAGCUGAGUUCCAGUUCUUUCCUGAAAUCAGACACUCUCAGGGUGCUCUGGUGUUUUCUAACUCAGCUGGGGUUGCAGAGGCAGCGAAUUUCAGAAAAGCAGAUUUAAGGCGUUAUGUAACGCCGCAGCAUCACUGCAGUUUGAACUAUAAGGCAUGCUUUAUUUAAACGCCCAAGCUGUUGAUAUAAAUGGUGUUACCUCUCUGAGGUGAUGCACACUGAGGAUAAUUGGUCUCCCAGAGAGAUUUUAGGAGUUCACUGCUUUCCAUUUCUGGUUUGAAAUCUCCAUUAACAGUCCAGAACUUUGCUGUUUUCUUUGAGUCAUAAAGAAUUUUUACCUCAGAAAAUGAUCUGGUUCAUCCCCCUUCAUGAGAGGCUGUUAAACCCUGAUCUGUUCCUCUUUCACCAACAUCACUGCUCUGCUGGGAUUUCAUGUAUUCCAGCUUUUCUCAGCCUCUUUUGCUUCAGAUCUGCUCAGAGUUCUGCAGAACAGUUUGACCAAACUAAGAAAAAUCUGUUUUUUAUUGGAAUAAACAUGCAGUUUUUAGCUUUUCUUUGCUCUCUGAAGAGUCAGUGGGUGAUGAAGGUUCUGAAGGAAAUCAGAAAUCAACUUUUUUUCUUUGAUUUGACACAUUUUGAAAAAUAAAUCCAAUAUUCUAGUGUUGAUCAUCAUUAUUGAUCCUUUUCAACUCCAAACCCAAAAAGUUACAUAGAAGGCAAAACAAUAUUUAUUAUAUUUAGAAAAGUAGUCAAAUCAUAAUGAUGAUGAACUAUUAAAGAAAAUUCAAAAUAAUUUUAUAAUAGCACAAGAUGAAUUAUAAAUUCAAGAUGAUUUGUAGCAGGGAUUAAAUUUCCUCACUAUAAAAUUUAUUUAUAACAUGACAUAGAAUAAUAUUUCUAUCUUUAUUAUUACUACUCAGUGUCUUAAUUCAAUUAUUUGUUUUUAUUCUGAAUAUUAUGUGAUUCAGUUUGUUGUAAAAAUACUAGAGACAUCUUUAUUUUGCAUUAAUUUAGCCAAACUUAUUACUACUUACGUGUUGCUUCCUGUUCUUUUUCUCUUCUGUCAUCAGAUUCAACUCUUAGCCUGCAGCCGUCAGUCUAAUGAAUUCCAGCUAGCCUCAUUAGCUCUUAGCUUGCUAGCCUUUCCAGCUAAUGUUUAUAACCUCCAAGGUUUCCAAAGACAUUUUUGCCAAAAUUAAACAAAAUUUGUCCUAAAAAUGAAAAUUUGUGCAGAUAUUUACAUCAAACUUCAGACAUCUGAAUUUUUUAGGCAGUUUAAAUAUUUGCAAGAAAGAAAAGUUCCUAAUUUCUGGAUUAUGAAUGUGUUCAUAACUUUGUGCAAGCUGCACAAAUAGAAAAUUACAAAAUAUUCAUACCCCUUGAACUUUUUUCCCACUUUGUGGCAUUAUAACGGCCACCAACUUCGAUUUAUUUUGUGGGCCAGACAAAAUGCUCCAUAACAGUUUACAUUAAUUCAUAGAUAAAAAUCUGAAAAGUGCAGCCUGUAUCUGUUUUCAGUUAAUCCUUUGUUGGCAGCAGCUCCAGCUGUACAAGAAAAAAGUCAGACUCUGGUCCCGAUUCUUGACCUGGUGGUUUUCCAGUGUUCUCCUCACAACGCCUGACACGUUGUUGGAGCGUCGCUUCUGUUUCUCGUUGUGCAGAAAACUUUUUUUGCAGGUUUAAACUAUAUAAAGUGCAGCUUAAAUUGCAGUGACCUUUAGAGUUGUGAGAGUUAAGAUGCCACUUUCCAUAAUGGCUAAUAAUAAUAAAAAACCUCAUUGAGAUCUACAAUCUCUGUUUAAAGGUGGACAUGGCAAAAUAGCAUCACCGUUUUUUGGGGGGGGUUAAAUAAUCGGCUGAGAAAAAAUAAAUAUUCAUUCAUCUGAUUCAUGUUUUUUUAUCUUUAGGCAGAAAAUAUUGGAGUUUGUACAUAUUUACUGAGAUUUACAGAAAAGCAGAUUACUGUGUAUUUCAGCAAAUGUCUGUUUGUGGAAAAUAAAGAAAAGUACUUGAAGAAAAUAUUCUGUAGUGAUUGCAUUGUUCAUGUACUGGACAUAAUAGAGAAAAUAUGUAUAAAUGAGAUUUUUGUAAGUAGUAUAUAAGCUUUGUGGGUUUUUCAGGAAGAACUGGGCCAAACUGCUGGUUCUGGAUGGUUGUAUUGGGCAGAUAACAGACACUCCCAUGUGACCAGAGUCCAGUCAUUUUGACCUCAGUCUCCUGACGUUCUGGAAAGUUCAACUCACAAAGCUGAAAGCAAAUAGUUCAAAACAGCAGCAAGCAACUGAAAAACUCAUUAUUUUCUAGAUUUUACUCAGCUCAUUCAGAGAAAACUAUUAUUUAAUGCAAUAAAAGCAAACAUGGAAAGACAUGGAUUAACAAAAGGCUGCACAGAUGUUUGCAUGAUUAAAUUUUAUUGCGGUGGGGGGCCUGCCACGUUGAGCGAGGAACCCGUUACGACUGCUUGCAGUUCUAGUUUACUUGAACUUCUUUUCUUUUUGGAAAUUGGAGAGGUACGCUUCGUUUUAAUUUUUAGUUUACAUGAAAUGAACAAGAUUAAUAUUUUCAAACAGAAUGAGGAAAAACUUUUUAAAAAGAUGCAAAAAGAGAUUUACUAACAAAACAGAUGUUCAAACUGAAAAGAGAUCAAGUGUAAUCAUUAGUUGAAUUAUUUUUGUCAACUUCCUCCACAGUCAGUUUUCCUGAUGAUGCAAGAUAAUCUGCUGGAAAACCCAGAGUUGGUUUUUAACCUGCUGUUGCCUUUAGUUUUUAUUCCUGUCUUUGAUUAUUAAAACGCAGAAAAACAUUUCAGAUGUUCAGACUUUUUACUGCUGAUUCAUCUGAAAGAUUUAGAAAAACUCAGUUGAAUUUUCUUAAAAAAUAUUUUUCUGUAAAUAAUGUUUGACUUUUGUUUGUUUCUUUAACAAUGGGUUGAUUCGCUAAACAAAAUCUGAUCUCGAUUUUUGACUCAAAAUAAUGAAGCAUUUUUGAAAUCCAGUUUCAUCUCAAGUUCUGUAAAUACAAAAAAUAUGUUUUUGAACAUCUUUUUAGUAUUAUUUCUGUCAUUUGCUGCAUGUCAGAUGAACAACCAUGUUUCUGUUUCCAAUUUAUGGUUUAUUUUUGAAGGAUUUUAUUCUGAAAAAUGAAAACGGUUUCUAUCUCUUUGAGUUUGUUCGGCACCGAUUCUGUACGACAUCACCAUGUUCUAAAAAAUGUCAAUAAAAGACUUCAUCACUUAAAAUGAAA